AGUUUAGUUAGACCUUGACCAUCUUCUUCAUUUCAGAUUAACAUAACCACAACAAGUUAUGGCGUUCCGCUAUCUUUGAUGAUCGAUUCAAAUAAAUAAAUGUAUACAACCUAUUUUCGAAUUUAAUAGAUGAUAAAGACCAUGUCUCGUUCAUUUCGGGCGGAGACUCGCAGUAGAGCCAAAGAUGAUAUCAAGAAAAUUAUGCAAGUGGUCGAUCGGGUUCGACACUGGGAGAAGAAAUGGGUGACUAUUGGCGAGACCACGAUGAAGAUUUACAAGUGGGUCCCAGUAGCAAACAGCGAAGGAAAAAAGUGUAAACAUAAGGAGGCGAAUAAGGAGAAUUUGGGUCGCAAAACUGCAACAGUUGAAUCGAGUAAUUCCAGUUUUAGUAUGGUCACAGAAGAUUCGAACACUUGUUUUUCAACUGUGAGCGAUUCGCAGGGUCCAACUGAUUUCUCAUCUCAUAUGAACACAUUUUCGGAAGACUCAAACUCUCAAGGCAGCGAAAUGGCAGUAAAGAGACUGAAGUCAGAGUGAUUUAUUUUUAUAUUUCUCGUUAAAAGUAGAACUUACUUUUUUUUUAAAUUUAUAUUAAGUAAGUACGUCAAUAUGAAUUGAAUAGUAGAUGAAAUAUAUUCUUUUUCUUUAUUAUUUUUUA